CUGGGCGUCUCGAAGGCCAGCAAGAGCUUCCUGAGUAGCAGCAGCAGCAACAGCAGCAAGGGCAACGGCAACAGCAGCAGCAACAGCAGCAAGAACAACAGCAGCAGCAGCAGUAGCAAGGGAAACAGCAGCGGCAACAGAAAAAGCAGCAAGAUCAGCCAGCGACAGCAACGACAAAAGCAGCGACAGCAGCAGCAGCAACAGCAACAGCAGCAGCAGCAACAGCAGCAAUAA